AUGUCAGCCAAUCAACACAUUGCUUCACGGUACUGCACGGGAUGGGAGUAUGCCGUGGAUUUUCCAGCCAGCUUCAGCAAGGAGAAGAAAUGGAACUCGUGUGUCCGCCGCAGACGAUGGCUUCGGAAUAGACGCUACAGGGCCUUUGGGUCGUGGUCUAAGAUUCCUCUGGACAGAGGGAGGUCCCCUCCACAACCCUUCACUGACAUCAGCUGUGGAGGUCACCUGAUGAGCCCCUCCAGUGAGAAGCGCCUUUACCUCUGGGCUGUGUCCCAGCAAGGAAGGGUGUGGUUUCGCAGUGGCAUCCAGCACCUGAGACCAGAGGGCUGUGGCUGGGAGGAGGUGGCAGCCACCGGUGAGGUUGCCCAGGUGAGCUGUGGCCCUGGAGACCUGCUAUGGGCAGUAUUAUGGGAUGGUCAGCUUCUGGUCCGGACGGGUGUUAGCUCGGAACAACCCAAAGGGUCAUCUUGGACAGUGGUGGAGCCUCCUAAGAAGAACAUGGGGGUUGCCCUCGUGUCUGUGGGGAUGUGUGUGGUGUGGGCCGUCACCAAAGACAACAAAGUGUGGUUCAGAAGGGGGGUGAACUCCCACAAUCCCUGUGGAUCGGGGUGGAUAAACAUCUCAGGAGAGAUGCUGAUGGUGAGCGUGGGGCCUGCCGACCAGGUGUGGGCCAUCGGAAGCGAGGACCGCACCAUCUAUUUCCGACAGGGUGUGACCACCAGCCAGGUGACAGGGACUGGCUGGACUCCAGUGCUCGCCCAGUGGGAUGGUGCCCGACCUGCCAAGGGCCAGCCAAGCCAUGACUUCAGCGGGGAGAUGACCGACUCGUCCCAGGGCUCGGUGCUGGGCCUGGAGGACUCUCUGGGCGGACCGGACAGCCCCGUCCCAAAGGCGACCAUCCCCAAGAUCACCAGCGACAGCUUCAUCUCGGCUCUGGUGUCGGACCGCGAGUGCACAAUCCGGCCCGCGGGCAGAACGCCGCUGACCAUGGCGCCCGCAGAGUACCCCGAGGUCGAAGGGGCAGACGGCGAGGAGGAGGAGGAGGUCCCUCUGACCCCGAGCGGAGCUACCUCCCAGGCAGCCGGGGUGGACCCAUGGAGCAACGUGGACCUGGAGGAAGAGGCCAAAGGGAAGCGUGCUGCAGGCCCAGGAGGGGCCACUGUUCAGCGGGUGUCUGUGGCUACGUACCCCAUGGAGCUGCCGGAGGUGGAGGAGAGGCCGCCGUGGGCCUGGGUCGGCGGGGGAGGCUUGGUGCUCACCUCGGCCUCCAGGGUGGACUGGCUGGAGUCCUCCGAAGACAAGUCAAGUUGUCUCUCUCCAUCCAUCACUCCAGCUCAUGCCGCCGGUGAGAAAAAGAAGGAGGAGGAACAGAUCUUUGAAAAGUCGGUGAGCGUCACCAAAGGGCACCUGCGCUGGUGGAGAGAUUGGCAGCCCCACCAGUGGGAGGAGAUCAGCAUCGCCCUGGAGCAGGCCAUCACAGAGAAGGGCACAAGAGACGACAUCCUCUAUCUCUACUACAAACAAAACGAUGAGAAAAAGUUUCUUUGUACGCCCAUAAGUGAGGUGACAGCACUGGUCCCCAGGGUGAGGGAGUCCCCGUACUGCUUUGCCAUCUACACAGCAGAGAGGACCAGACAGAGGUGGCCACUGCUGCUGUCCACUCCUACUCAGCAAGACCUGCAACAAUGGCUGUGUCUCCUGGGUGAAUCCUGCUGCCACAGCAAGGGUAUUAUGGGCUGUCCCUCUGAACAGGCCCUGUGGGCCGUCACCUCCAAGGGAGACGUCAUGGUGCAUGAACCGGCACCCAGCCUGGAGGCGUCCACACCAAACCCAGCCUGUGACAACAUGUUCUGGUAUCAGGUCCCAGGCCACCUGCACACGGUGGAGUGUAAUAGUCUGGGUGUGGUGUGGGGCAUUGGCUUUGAUCACACGGCUUGGGUCUACACGGGUCACAGGGGAGGCUCCGCGGAGGGUAAAGCAGACAGCCAGGAUCAUCACCAUCCACAGGCAGAUGUGAGGAGCAUAUACAUCUAUGAGAACCAGCGCUGGAUCCCUCUGACAGGAUACACAGACAAGGGUCUCCCCAUGGACCGCCACAUGUGGAGCGACGCCUCUGGGCUGAAGGAGUGCACCAAGGCCGGCACCAAACCGCCCUCGCCACAGUGGACCUGGGUAACAGACUGGGCCAUCGACUACAGCACCCCGGAAGGGACCGACAAGGAGGGCUGGCAGUAUGCUGCUGACUUCACUUCAGCCUAUACUGGCAACAAGACUCUCAAGGACUUUGUGCGAAGGAAGCGCUGGGUCAGGAAGUGUAGAUUACAACUGACUGGCCCCUGGGAGGAAGUCCCGCCCAUUCCACUGAGUGACAUCACCAUCCUGCCCUGCUUGGCUAAGAGCAGCAUGGAGCAGGUGCCUCUGUGGGCCAUCAGUGAGAGAGGAGACGUGCUCUGUCGCCUGGGGGUGACCAGAGAAAGCCCUGCAGGCAGCUCCUGGCUCCACGUCGGCACCUCGCAGCCGUUCUGCUCCAUCUCCAUUGGUGGAGGCCACCAGGUGUGGGCCAUCGCCCGAGACUACUCCGUCUUCUACCGGGGCUCUGUGUCCGCCCAGAAUCCUGCAGGUGACUGCUGGUACCACAUCCCCUCUCCACCUAAACAGAACCUCAAGCAGCUCUCUGUGGGACGGACCUCUGUUUACGCCGUGGACGAGAACGGUAAUCUGUGGUACAGACAAGGUGUGACACCCAGCUACCCCCAAGGGACAGUGUGGGAACUCAUCUCCAACAACGUGGGCAAGGUCUCCGUCGGGCCACUGGAUCAGGUGUGGGUUAUCGCGGACAAGGUGCCCGGCUGUCCCUCGGACAGUCCGGGGGUCGUCUGUCACCGGGCCGGGGUGCAGCCCAUGCAGCCCAAAGGCCAGAGCUGGGACUUUGGCAUCGGGGGAGGAUGGGAGCACCUGUCGACCAGGGGGAACUCCCAGGACGCUCCGCGUGCCGCUGUCCGCAGUCCACAGCCGCCCCGCACACCCAGCACGCCCCGCACACCCAGGCAGGUGAACGGGAACGUCAUUGCAUGCUGAGUGUGCGGUCAUCCACCAAGUCUCCGUCCUCUCACUCGCCCCAUCACAAUAAGCCUGCAGCCCACUGUCCUGGGGUCAGUCCGGGGUCAUCUGGCAUGGAGUCGCUCGCACCCUGCAUGCCCUCUGAUCCGGUGAUCUGGAGACAGGCAUCCCAUAAUGACCCACAUCACGCUCCUCUCCUGUUAACCACCAAGUGACUUUUGUCUGAGUUUUGUGUUGAAGCAUGAUUUUGUUUUUAUUUUUUAUUUCUGACCCAUCAGGUAUUUAUUGUGUUCUGUUAAAUGGAAUAUUAUGUAUUUAUUAAUGGUAGUAACCGUUAAUAUGAAGGUAUUAAUAACUAGGUAUUAACAUCACACGAGGAUGCUGUGGGGUUUAUUUUGGUCUCUGAGUUAACCCUUUCAACUCCAUCUUCAAUUUCAUCUCAUGCAAAUCCGAUAAUGACCUGUCCAUACCCCUCAUGGAAAGCCUCAUAUUGUUGCAUGGCAGACCUUUUGAUCAUAAUAACAUACUAACCUAAAUGAUCUGCAGUAUGCUGCCUUGAAACAAUGUAAGGGUAUCUCUGUACAUGAUUCAUGUCUAUAAUAAAUUUAUUUUGUGGUUGAUC